CACGGCGACACCAAUCCGCUAGAUUAGAGGAGGCGCGCGCACGCACAGGCGGCGCAUAGUUUCUCCAAACAAAAACUAUUGUGCGUUUUCACGCGUUUGGAGGGGUUUCGCUUUUAAUCCGGGACCGGGGACGCACGGUCUGUGAGGACUGCGAUCGCGCCGGAGAUACAAACAUUUUAUCCGCCUAUUGUCAGACUUUAUUUAAAGAGAAAGGACUAGAUGUUUUUACGGAUCAAACCCACGAAACUCCGAGGAACAACAACAACCUCAUGACUUACCUGGAACGGAUUUAUUCGACUCAAGAUCGCCUUUAGACCAUCGCGCGCAGUGGAUUAAUGCAUUUUAACGGUUUAUUUUUUAUUUUGAAAAUGUGAUUUUUCUGGACUCCAGCUCUUAGAGCGCGCGACAGCUAGAACCAGCAAUUGUCUUUGUCUGUGCAUUAUUGCAUUGAAGUGCGGAUCGCUAAAUGACUGCUACACCUCAAGCUCUCCAAUCAUAACGUGCAAAGACGAACAUGUCAACACCAUUUCCUGAUUAGACAAGAGACCGAAUAGUGUUGGAUCGCAAUGGGAACGCAAUAGCGGUUGCGUUCAUUUUAGCCCCGUUUAGACAUCAAUCGCGCGAAAUCUCCCCUUCGUCGACCGACCGGAGAAAGACACCGGCUAUGUCCUUCUUUAAUUUCCGAAAAAUCUUUAAACUGGGCGCAGAGAAGAAGAAGAAACAAUAUGAUCACGUGCACAGGGACUCAAAUCCCGAGGAAAUCUGGGAGAUUGUGGGAGAACUGGGGGACGGAGCCUUCGGAAAGGUGUUCAAGGCUCAAAACAAGCAGACUGGCAUUUUUGCUGCUGCGAAGGUGAUCGACACCAAAAGCGAAGAUGAGCUCGAGGACUACAUGGUGGAGAUCGACAUCCUGGCGUCGUGCGAUCAUCACAAUAUCGUCAGGCUGCUCGACGCGUUUUACUACGAGAGCAAGCUGUGGAUCCUGAUAGAGUUCUGCGCCGGAGGAGCCAUCGACGCCGUCAUGCUCGAGCUGGAAAGGCCCCUGACGGAGCCACAGAUCAGGGUGGUUUGUAAACAGACUCUGGAUGCUCUUCAGUAUCUGCAUGACAACAAGGUGAUCCACAGAGACCUGAAGGCUGGAAACAUCCUGCUGACCCUCGACGGAGACGUCAAACUGGCGGACUUUGGAGUGUCUGCCAAGAACACAAAGACCGUCCAGCGAAGAGACUCCUUCAUCGGCACUCCUUACUGGAUGGCUCCAGAGGUUGUGAUGUGCGAGACAUCUAAGGACAGGCCGUAUGACUAUAAGGCUGAUAUCUGGUCUCUAGGAAUCACUCUGAUCGAGCUGGCCCAGGUCGAACCGCCCAACCAUGAGAUGAACCCAAUGAGAGUUCUGCUCAAGAUCGCCAAAGCUGACCCGCCUACUCUCCAGCAGCCUUCAAAAUGGUCUCCUGAGUUUAAUGACUUCCUGAAACAUUCGCUGGAUAAGAACGUGGACAACAGGUGGAGCACAGCACAACUUCUUCAGCACCCGUUCGUGAGUAGAGUGACCGACAGCCGACCCCUGCGGGAGCUCAUCGCUGAGGCCAAGGCAGAGGUCACAGAGGAGAUAGAGGACCUGAAGGAGGAAGAGGAGGAAGAAGACCAUGAAGGAAACCUGCUGCUUCCUGGACACAAACGCGCACCAUCUGACGUUAGCGUUGGAAGCUCUGAAGACGAGAAGCUUCCACAGUCGCCAUCCACCUUGGAGUCUGUUCCUGAGAAGAUCGAGGAGGUCGCUACACCCAAACUGCCAGAUAAUAAUGGUAUAACUGAAAUAAAGAAGGAGGAAGAACCUCUGAAGGUUGGCGAGAACCACAUUAAGGACGUAACAGAACCUGGAUCUAAGGAACAAGCUGUGGAAGUGUCUUCAAAGGAAUCUCAAGAACCUAAAGCUGAAGAGAAUCCUGUAGAACCAGAGACUCCUGCUGAUACUGUAGUCCAAACAGAGGAGCAGAGAGCCAAACCUGAUGGAGAGAAACUGGAAGAGGAAAAGGUGGCGGUGGGCAAUGGGGAACUCAUAAAGGAAGAGUCUGCAUCAGACAUUUCUUCAUUGGAGACACCAACAGAACCUGUUAAACAAGCUGUGCCUGAUGAACCUAUUCCAACAUCUCCACUGAAAGAAGAGGAGAGUGUUGAGGAAAAGGUGAAACCUGAACUGGUGGAGAAAGCAAGCCCAGUGAAGCCCAGGUAUGUGAAGAAGGAGGACUCAGACUCUGGGAUCAGUUCUUCAGCUGACAGCAGCAGCAUAGACCUGAAUUUAUCCAUCUCCAGCUUCAUUAGCAAAUCCAAGGAGCCAGGAACCGUCUCUCAGCAGGACAACAAGAGGCAGAAAAAGACUCUGAAAAAGACACGCAAGUUCAUCGUGGAUGGUGUGGAAGUGAGCGUAACAACAUCCAAGAUCAUCACGGACAAUGACACCAAAAGCGAGGAGAUGAGAUUCCUCCGGCGUCAGGAGCUGAGGGAACUGAGGCUUCUUCAGAAAGAGGAGCAGAGAGCCCAACAGCAGCUCAGCAACAAACUCCAGCAGCAGAGAGAGCAGAUCUACAAACGCUUCGAGCAGGAAGUCUCGAGUAAGAAGCGUCAGUAUGAUACGGAGGUGGAGAAUAUGGAGCGGCAGCAGAAACAGACCAUCGAGCGUCUGGAGCAGGAUCACACCGAGCGCCUCAGAGACGAGGCCAAACGCAUCAAAGCUGAGCAGGACAAGGAGCUUUCCAAGUUUCAGAGCACGCUCAAGAACCGCAAGAAAGAGGAGCUCUCACCUAAACAUGUGAUCAUCCUGAAACAUAUUAGGGAGGAUUUAAUACAAACUCCUUGUGAGGAGGAGCAGGAGUUUCUUCAGAAGCAGCAGCAGGAUCUGGACAGCGCUCUGAAGAAGAUCAUUCAGCAGCACAAGCACGAGCUGGCCACUAUCGAGAGAGACUGUCUCAACAACAAGCAGCAGCUCCUGAGAGCACGAGAAGCAGCUAUGUGGGAGCUGGAAGAGCGCCACCUACAGGAAAAACACCAGUUGCACAAACAGCAGUUGAAAGAUCAGUACUUCAUGCAACGUCACCAGCUGCUUAAAAGACACGAGAAGGAAAUGGAGCAGAUGCAUAGGUAUAACCAGCGUCUGAUGGAGGAGAUGAAAAACAAACAGACGCAGGAGAGGACCAGACUGCCUAAGAUCCAGCGCAGUGAUGCCAAGACCCGCAUGGCCAUGUUCAAAAAGAGUCUGCGCAUCACGACCACAGGGGUCACGCCGGAACUGGAACGUGAGAGGGUCAAACAGUUUGCAGCCCAGGAGGAGAAGAGACAAAAGAACGAGCGCCACCAUCAGCACCAGAAACAUGAGGCUCAGAUGAGAGACCUGCAGACGCAGUGUGACGCCAACGUCAGGGAGCUACAGCAGCUGCAGAAUGAGAAGUGCCAUCUGUUGAUUGAGCAUGAGACUCAGAAGCUGAAGGAGCUGGAUGAGGAGCACAGCGCAGAGCUCAAGGACUGGAGAGAGAAACUCAGACCCCGCAAGAAGGCCCUCGAGGAAGAGUUCACCCGUAAGCUGCAGGAACAGGAAAUGUUCUUCAAAAUGAGCGGGGAGUCUGCAUGCCUUAACCCCUCCAACCAGAGCCGGAUCUCGAAGUUCUACCCCGUCCCGAGCGUCCACUCCACCGGGUUUUAACGCACGCUUUCACACUACAAGCACAUCGUGACUGAACCUCUGCUGCCUUGUUCACUCUGACCCCUGAUGUCAGGCAGAACGAAGGAGGGACUUCGUUGUUCCACUAAUAUACGGAGUUGUUUUUUUAAAUUAAAAGUGGAUUUUCAGUGUGUGGAUUCCCUAAACAUUUCAACAAUGGUUUAUAAUGUGAUUACAUGUGCUACUAAAUUGAUCUUUUUUUUUCUUUCGAAUCAGUGUCUUACUGAUGUGGUUUACUGUAGCGUUUUUAAGGAUUAGAUCUGCUUACAUGAAAUGACUGUUCAGCUUCGGGCUAAUUGACUUGCACUAAACUAAGCGAAUGAUUUAACCACCAAUGGUGAUAACAUUUUUGAUGGAGGUGUUCUUGGAGGUGUUGUAACAUAUCAGCCACACUGUAUGCAAAUAUCCUGACGCCACUGUGGUUUAAAGCGCGUUUGCGCGUGCACUGCUAUGCAAUGUGAACAUGCAGCCGAACGAAAUCGCCUCCACCAUCAUUAUUAUCUGUGAACCUCAAAGCAAGAGAGCUUCUGCAUAUUGUCCAUGCUACUCAUGCUCCUCAAAAACACCAAAUGGUUUUUCGAUUACGUGCGUUUUAGUUCUCUCGGACAUCUCUAGAGUGCGUUAGUGUACUUUUCAGUCAAAGGAGGGGUUUGUCCUGUAAACCGAUGUACUUUAACCAGUCAGGUGUUCUUUUAUUCUUGUAUAUCGUAGCACAUUUUAUUAGUAAUAGAUACUUUUCAUCUCAGCUUAGUUUGAAACGUGUUUACUGCAUUUACAUUCGCGCCGUCGAUCAAACGAUCAAAGCAACAUUUUAAAUCUGUGAAAAAAGGCAGAUUGUCAUUGUGAUCGCCUGAGAGCAUCGCUGUAUGUGUUUGAUUUGUACAGAGAGUGCUGUGCACCUUCUGGUAAAGGAAGUCCUCGCUCGUUUCGUUCACUAUGCCUGUUUGCAUUUGAUUUUGAGGUCGUCUUCAUUUUUUCCAAGCAUUUUCAACUCGUGAGGUAAAGUUAGCAGCAUAACAGUUUGUACUGUGUUUGUGUCAAAGAUCAAGUCGUUGUGAUUUAUAGGAAGCUGCUGUAAUUAAAACAUUUGUGGUGAA